CCCCGGCCGAGUCGGGGAGCCGGUGCGGUCAGCUGAGCGGCGCUGGGCGGGGUAGCGAGGCGACGAGUCAGCCCUAGGCUCCCAGAGCCCAGCUACCCCGCUGCCGCCCCCACUCCGGCCAGUCCCCUGGUAGGCGUCCGUAUCCCGGUCCGGAGCCCUCCCCCAGCGGCACGAUGCCGAGGAAUCAGUGACCCCGAGGGAGGCCGAGCGCGGGCAGCAGGAGCUUCUGCCAUGUCCCACCAACCUCUCAGCUGCCUGACUGAAAAAGGGGACAGCCCCAAUGAAACCACUGGAAAUGGCCCCCCCAGUCUGGCUCACCCAAACCUGGACACGUUCACCCCGGAGGAGCUUCUGCGGCAGAUGAAAGAGCUCCUGACCGAGAACCACCAGCUGAAAGAAGCCAUGAAGCUAAAUAAUCAAGCUAUGAAGGGGCGGUUUGAGGAGCUGUCGGCCUGGACAGAGAAACAGAAGGAAGAACGCCAGUUUUUUGAAACACAAAGCAAAGAAGCAAAACAACGUCUUAUGGCCUUGAGUCAUGAAAAUGAGAAAUUGAAGGAAGAGCUUGGAAAACUAAAAGGGAAAUCAGAGAGGUCAUUUGGGGACCCCACUGAUGGCUCCAGGCUCCCCAAGACAGAAGCAGAGCAGGAGAUGGAGCAGCUGAAGACCCAGGUGGCCCGGCUGCAAGCCGAGAAGGCCGACCUGCUGGGCAUUGUGUCCGAACUGCAGCUCAAGCUGAACUCCAGCGGCCCCGCGGAAGAUUCUUUUGUUGAAAUUAGGAUGGCUGAAGGAGAAGCAGAUGGGUCGGUAAAAGAAAUUAAGAAUAGUUCUGGGCCCGUGAGAACAGACUCCACCGACAUGUACGUGAGGAAGGCAGAGGCUGGCAGGAGCAGAUAUGAAGAAGGAGCCAAGAAUUACUUGGAAUUUGAGGAGUUAACUGUGAGCCAGCUCCUGCUUUGCCUAAGGGAAGGAAACCAGAAGGUGGAGAGACUCCAACUUGCACUCAAGGAAGCCCAAAAAAGAAUUUCAGACUUUGAAAAGAAAGCAAAUGAUCGUUCUGAGAUUGAAACCCAAACAGAGGAAAACACAGAACAAGAGAAUGAAGAGGAGAAAGGCCCAGAGACUGUGGGAAGUGAAGUGGAAAUGUUGAACCUUCAGGUCACAUCCCUGUUUAAGGAGCUUCAGGAGGCUCAUACAAAAUUCAGUGAAGCUGAGCUAAUGAAGAAGAGACUUCAAGAAAAGUGUCAGGCUCUUGAAAGGAAAAAUUCUGCAACCCCAUCAGAGCUGAAUGAAAAGCAAGAGCUUGUUUAUAAGAACAAAAAGUUAGAGCUACAAGUGGAAAGCAUGCGAUCAGAAAUCAAAAUGGAACAAGCUAAAACAGAAGAAGAAAAGUCAAAAGUAGCCACUCUACAGUUGACACACAACAAACUUCUUCAAGACCAUCAUAAAGCAUUGAAAAUAAUUGAGGAACUAACAAAGAAAGAGUCAGAAAAAGUGGAUAAGACAGUGCUGCGGGAACUGAAUGAAAAACUGGAGCUGGCGGAGAAGGCCCUGGCUUCCAAACAGCUUCAGAUGGACGAGAUGAAGCAGACCAUUGCCAAGCAGGAGGAGGAGCUGGAGACCAUGAGUGUCCUCAGGGCGCAGAUGGAAGUUUACUGUUCUGAUUUUCAUGCUGAAAGAGCAGCAAGGGAGAAGAUUCAUGAAGAAAAAGAACAGCUGGCCUUGCAGCUGGCGAUUUUACUAAAAGAGAAUGAUGCAUUUGAAGACAGCGACAGUAGGCAGUCCUUGAUGGAAAUGCAGAGCCGACAUGGGGCGAGGACAAGGGACCCCGACCAGCAGGCUUACCUUGUUCCAAGAGGAACUGAGGACAGGAACUGGCACCAACCACAACAACAGAAUAUUCCGAUUCAUUCUUGCCCCAAAUGUGGAGAAGUCCUGCCUGAUAUAGACACAUUACAGAUUCAUGUGAUGGAUUGCAUCAUUUAAGCGUCCAUGUUUCAUCUCCCCAGAACUGUUGAUCUCCACAACUUUCUCAUCUACAAGACUGAAACUUUACACCCUCCGAAUGCAGCAGCUCCAGUUUUCCCCACUCCCAUCCCCUGGCAACCACUAUUUUACUUGCCGCUUCUAUGAGCUGACUACUUUAGAUACCUUAUAUAAGAGAAAUCAUGCGUUAUUUUUCCUUCUAUAACUGCUUAUUUCACUGAACAUAAUUUAUUACAAGUUUAUCCAUCCUGUCACAUGACAGGAUUUUUUUCCUUUUUAAAAUUGAAUAAUAUUCCGUGAGCCACCCUGUGGCUCAGUGAGUAAGGCGCCAGCCCCAUAUACCGAGGGUGGCGGGUUCAAACCCAGCCCCGGCUGAACUGCAACCAAAAAAUAGCCGGGCGUUGUGGUGGGCGCCUGUAAUCCCAGCUGCUUGGGAGGCUGAGGCAGGAGAAUCGCGGAAGCCCAAGAGCUAGAGGUUGCUGUGAGUCCUGUGUACAUCAUGGCACUCUACUGAAGGCGGUAAGGUGAGACUCUGUCUCUACAAAAAAAAAAAAAAAAAAUUUUGGGUGGCGCCUGUGGCUCAAGGAGUAGGGCGCUGGUCCCAUAUGCCGGAGGUGGUGGGUUCAAACCCAGCCCCGGCCAAAAAAAAAAAAAAAAAAAAAAAAUUGAAUAAUAUUCCACUAAGUAAUAUUAUACACACACUACAUCUUCUUUGUCCAUUCAUCUGUCAGUGGACACUUAGGGGUUUCCACCUCUUGGCUAUUGUAAAUAAUGCUGCAGUGACUGUGGGAUUGCAAAUAGCUCAUCAAGAUGCCUUCACAAUUACUUUGGAGAAACACCCAGACAUGGGAUUUCUGGAUUAUAUGAUGGCUCUACUUUUAAUUUUUGAGGAACCUCUGUGUUCUGUAGCAGCUGCACCAUUUCACAUUCCUCCCAGCAGUGCCCAAGGGUUCAAGUUUCUCCACAUCUCUGCCAGCACUUGCUAUUUCUGCUUUCCCAAUGAUGGCUCUCCCAACAGGACAGGUGGUAUCUUACAGUUUUGAUAUGCAUUUCCUGCAUAUGAUAAGUGGUGCUGAGUGUCUCUUCACAUUCCUUUUGGCCAUUUAUACGUCUUCUUUUGAGAAAUGUCUAUUCAGGUACUUUGCCCACAUUUUAUUAAUAAUUGGUUUUCUUGCUAUUACAUUGUAGGAGUUCCUUACAUAUCUUGGAUAUUACCCCCUUACUUAUUAUAUGGACUGCAGAUAAACUUACUUUUACCCAUUCUAUAGGUUGUCUUUUCACUGUAUUGACUGUUUUCUUUGCUGAGCAGAAAUUUUUUAGUUUGAUAUAGUUCCAUUUGUCUGUUUUUGCUUUUAUUGCUUGUGCUGUGAGUUGUCUAAACUCAAAAUGGUAAAAUGGAUUAAAGACUUAAAGGUAUGACCUAAAACUAUAAAAACCCUAUGGGAAAACCCAUCACUUCAGUCUUGGCAUUGAUUUCUUUGAUACGACACCCAAAGUACAAGCAACAAAAAAGGCCCAAUUUCUUGCCUCCCAAAGUGCUGCAAUUACAGGUGUAAGCCACUGCACCUAGCACCUGGGUUUUUCUUUCUUGGCAGGGUUUUUUUUGUCAUUGAUUUAAUCUCUUUACUAUUUAUGUGUCUGUUCAGAUUUUCUGGGAAUUGUCAUGAUUCAGUCUUGUUAGGUUGUAUGUUUCUAGAAAUUUAUCCAUUUCUUGUAAGGUAUCCAAGUUGUUAUGUAUAAUGGUUUGUAGUAGCCUCUUGUAAUUCUUUUUUCUGUGGCAUCAAUUGUAAUCAAUUGUCUCCUCUUUCAUUUCUGAUUUUAUUGGAGUUUUUUCUCUUUUUCUUAGUUUAGCUAAAUGUUUGUCAGUUUUGUUAAUCUUUUAAAAAAACCAACUCUUAUUUGUUUUUUGUUUGAGACAGAGUCUCACUUUGUCACCCUCAGUAGAGUGCUGUGGUAUUGAAGCUCACAGCAACCUCCAACUUUUGGGCUCACAAGAUUCUCUUGCCUCAGCCUCCCAAGUAGCUGGGACUACAGGCACGCAUCACAACACCCAGCUAUUUUUAGAAAUGGGGUCUCACUCUUGUUCAAGUUGGUCUCAAACUCAUACACUCAGGGGAUCCACCUGCCUCAGCCUCCCAGAGUGCUAGGCUUACAGGUGUGACUGACCGUGCCCAGCUAGAUAUUUUAAACUCAAUGAAAAUAGAACCUUUGUGGAAAAUAGAAAAUUUGUGGAACACAGAGAAAGAAAUGAUGAGAGGAAAAUUUGUGGCAUUCAAUGCAUAGAAAAGAAAAGAGACUAAAAUUAACAAUACAAGUUUCUGCUAAGGAAAGUAAAGAUAGAAUAGCAAAAUAUGUAGAAGAAAAAUAAUAAAAAUUAGAGCAUAAAUUAAUGAAAUUUAAUUCAGGAAAUCAAUAGAGAAAAAUCAAAACUAGAGGCUGGUUCUUUGAAAUGAUCAAUAAAAUGUACAAACAUCUAGCCACGUCACCCAAGAAAAAAGAUACAAGUCACCAAUGUCAGUACACCAGCAAUGAAAAAUUGUCAAUUCAGAUUCAAAAACACAGAACCACUUAUACUAGCACCAAAAAAUGAAAUACUUGUCUAAUAUGUACAACCUAUAUAUGAGAACUACAAAACUUUGAUGAAAUAAAGAAGACCUAAUAAGUGGACAGAUAUUGUAUGUUCAUGGCUGGGAAGACUCACUAUCUUUAAGAUGUCAGCUCUUCCAAAUCAAUCUGUAGAUUCAGUAUAAUCACAAUCAAAAUCCCAACAAAGGGACUUUGUGGUUAUCAACAAACUGAUUCUAAAGUUUAUAUGGAAAAGCAAAAGACCUAAAGUAGCCAACACAAUAUUGAAGGAGAACAAAGUUGGAAGACUGGCACUACCAACUUGAAGACUUACCAUAAAGCUACAGUUAUCACGACAGCAUGGCCUCGGCAAAGGGACAAAUAGAUUUAUGGAAAGAAUAGUGAGCCCACAAAUGGACCCACACAAACACAAAUACAUAACCGGAUCCUUAACAAAAGAACUAAUGUGAUUCAAUGGAGGAGGAUCUUCAAUAAAUGGUUCUGGAACAACUGAACCCCAUGAAAAAGAAAAGGAGAGAGAAUAUAGACACAGACCUUACCUCUGGUCUAGAGGACUCAGAGAACACCUUUACAGAACACGUAUCUGAUAAAGGACUGGUAUCCAAAAUACACAAUCGACUCUCAAAAUUUGAUAAUAAGAAAACAACUCAAUUAAAAAACGGGCAAAAAACCUGAACAUAUACCCCACCAAAGAAUAUGUACAGUAGAAAAGAAGCCUGUGGAAAGAUGAUCAACUGCUAAUUGAAACAGUAGUGAGACACUACUACACACCUAUUGUAAUGGCCGAAAUUCACAACACUGAUGACACGGGACGCUGAGGCUGUGAAGCAACUAGAAUUCUCAUUCAUUGCUGGUGGGAAUGCAGAGUGGUGCAGAGUGGAAGACAGUUUGGCAGUUUCUUUAAAAACUCAGUAUAGUCUUAGCAUAUAACCCAGCAAGCUCACUCCUUGGUUUUACUCAUCAGUUGAAAAUUUGUAUCUGCACAAAACCUGCACAUGAAUAUGUAUGGUGGCUUUAUUUAUGAUUGUCAGAACUUGGAAGCAACCAAGAUGUCCUUCAAUGGGUGAACUGUGAUACAUCCAUACAAUGGAAUAUUACUCAGCAAUAAAAAGAAAUGAGCUAGCAGGACACACACACACACACAAAAAAAAAAAACCAUAGAGGGACCAGGUGCAGUGGCUCAUGCCUGUCAUCCCAACAUUUUAAGAGGUUGAGGUGAGAGGACUACUGGAGGCCAGCAGUUUAAAACCAGCCUGAGCAAGAGAGAGAGACACUGGGACGACAAAAAAUAAAAAAUGGUAUCUUUUGGGGGGAUGUGAUGGUGUACGCUGCUGGCCUCAGUUACUCAGGAGACCAAGGCUGGCAGUUCAAGGUUGCAGUGAGCUAUGAUGACACCAUUGCACUCUAGCCUGGGUAACAAAGCAAGCCCCUGUCUCAAAAAAGAAAAAGAAAAACUAUGGAGGAAACUUAAAUGCAUAUUGCUAAGUGAAAGAAGCCAUUCUGCAAAGGCUACCUGCUGUGUGAUUCCAACUGUAUGACAUUCUGGGAGAUAGUUGCCAAGUACUGAGGAAAGGGAGGAUGAAGAGGCGUGGCACAGGAGAUUUUUAGAGCAGUGACACUAUUCUGUAUGGUACUGUAAUGAUGAAUGCAUUUGUCAAAACCCAUAGAACUGCACAAAAAAGAGUGUGAUCUAAUAAACUAUGGACUAUAGUUAAUGUA